ACGUCGACGAGGCACCCGUGAUCCCAAUCGGACGAUCUGCGUGUCGUUGAUCCGUUGCACGGCCGACGAAGCGGUGGAUCUCGCGAAAGGGUCACAAUGGCUACUGCACAAUUGAAUAGAGCGAGGGCUGUAAAGAAGCUCGAGAAACCACGACCGCUUAAACUAAACCAGCGCAAUUCGACCGUCGAUGGGCGGAUCACGACUGUAGAGGAUAUAGUGUCCUUAAUCGACAAUGUUGCAAUGCAACUGAGUAAUGGCUUCCAUGAUCGAACACUGCAAAUGAAUGUAAUUUCCAUGUGUAGUCAUCUGAAACUCUAUGCUAAUAAAUUAGAAGCUAUUUACAAAGAUCAGCUGGAUCGAGCCUUUGUGGCAAUCAGAAAUGGAAGCCAGGACGACAGAUUAGAUUUGACGACCAGGGUUCAUCUGCUGGAACUCAUUGAGCUGCGAGCAAAACAAUGGCGUCACACCGAUUCGAUGGAUGUGUACUACAUGCAAAAGUUAUCGCAUCUAGACAAUACCGAGGCGGUGCCCGACACACCGACGAAUUCCUUGUCCCCGUUAUUGACGAUGACUUCACCCACUUCGGCGCCGAUCCUGGGACCCGGUGAAGUAAUCAAAAAUAGCGGAAAAUUUGCUAAGCCUACGCGCAUACCGGGAAAGAAUUAUUGCAAAGAUGAGGUCGUCAUUCGCAAUAGCGAUUCGGGAAAAGUGAUGGGAAUAAAAGGGCGGCGAGUUCAUAUGAUAGAAGAGCUCAGCCAGACGAUCAUCUCCUUCCAGCGAGUAAACCCUGGAGCUAAAGAACGACUUGUCCAAAUUACGGGAACGUCAGAGGACAAGAUUCAUUACGCGAAGGACUUAAUCAAAGAUACGAUUCAACGAAAUGCGUCACCAGUGAGGCUGGAGCAGACUUCGGGCGCCGAGAAGAGCGCCAUGGGUGGUUCCAGCUCGUCUCUGAACAGUAGCGCGUCGGACGAGAGCAACCGGCUGCAGCACAAUCAGCACCAUCAUCAUUCCCGCAUGCGUUCUUCCCUCUUGCACAGUUUCUCCACCAACGACGCCAGUAUAGGCGAGUACAAGUACACGGUCACUGUCGGGAAUCAAUCUCUCAAAAUCACGGGCUCCAACCUCGACCUCGUCAGAACUGCAAAAUUGGUGCUGGAUGAGCAUUUUUUAGGCGAUUCGGAGAAUUUCACCAGCGGAAUUGAAUAUUUCAACUAUGAGGAUGAGCCCAACUUUCCUAUAAUCACCAAUCCUUCCGUUCCUUGCACGCCGUUGUCACCGUUGGAUAACAUGAACGCUUCUUCCGCUGUAGGUCGGGAGUUGAGUGUAGACAGCGCUGCGACUUCUUCAGAGAGCGAAGAAACUUACAAGCCUCGUUUGAUUCUUGAGCAAAACUCAACUCAACAAGUUCCAGAAGCAAGAGAACUUACGUACGAGUUUCUGCUGUUGUGCGCGUCGGGUCCGUACGCGAAGCGGCCCCCCGCUGAUUGGGCGCGAAUUCAAAAGGAAUGUCCCAAUAUAGUUCGUAAGGCACCGAUUCGCUGGUUCGAACCGGAAGCGUACAAAGCUAAAUUAGCAGCUGCUGGUCCCGUUGCGAUACUGCCAAUCGGCGAAGCAGAAACCGAUCCUGAGUGAAGCCAAAGUUUUUAAGCGUCGCUUUCCAUCCGCUCGUUUUUCGAAAUUUUUUUGACACAACGUUCACGCGACGAGAUUUCACUUCUGCGUUUCUCGAAAGAAAGAUAAUCUCUUCGAAGUAAGAGAGGAACACGUAGGAUAUAUGUAAUUGUUUUUUUUAACAAUAUCUUACAAACGUAUCGAAAACAAUUUUAUCUUUUUAGCUGAGCAUUUAAUUAACGUCUAAAUGCAAAUUGUUGAUUAUAUAUAUGCGCUUUACACAAUUGAUACAUGCUAGUCAUUAGACUGAAAAUAUUCUUUAUAUUUAUUUACGGAAAAAAAAGUUUAUUUAUUAUUCGAUGAAAUUUUAUUUAUUCGAGAUAGUUUGAUUCGUUUUUCUUUUUUUUGUGAUCGGACACACACGUUGUUGAUUUGUAACUGUGCCGUUUUUUAGCAUUGAUACAACGCGCGCGCGAUUUUUAUUGCAGUUUUUGUACAAGCAACUUCAAAAGAGCAAGAACGUCGUAUAUGAUAAUAUACACAAAAACCGAGAUUAAUUUUAUCUACGCAGAAAAUUAGAUAUGUACUAUACUUUUUCAUACGUAGUUGCGGUAGAAGUUUGUAGGCUUAGUGAAAUUAAUAUUUACUCAUUAUAACAAAAUGAUCUUUUUGUAUGAACGCGGGAUCAUAAUGAUUUUUAAAAUAACUUUGCUAUUUGACUAAUUGAUUGAAUUAAGACCUCGAUCUUUUGAGAAAAGAUUGAUUAGUCCUGAGUAAAAAAAAAAAAGACUACAUACUUUAGAGACAAAUACAGUAUAGAAACACGUCGUACGAUUCUGCUUUUGUAAUGUUGCGAACAUACUUUUGUAAAUGGCAGUUCGAAAGAUGAUUCCGAAUUCCUCGGUACGAGAGGAUUUCAAUUUCGCGCGUAACGAGCGCAGUUACACGCAGAAACAUUGAAUCGUGAUUUAGCAUAGUCUAGUCUACACCUAUUUCACAUAAGAAUUUAGACCGGGGACACACGAAGCGGUAAGCGAAAUAACCGAUCACUUGGCGAGCUUUGAAGAAAACGUCGUCCAGACGUUUUUCUUUUUACAUCGCUCGUCCGUUCGACCGGUCUGCUCGCUUAGGUGUUCCCGGCUUUACUUUGAUAUUUACUCCGCUGUGACGCAAUAACCAACCAAAAAAAAAGAGGAAAA